GUAUGAUAUGAAACAUUUACAGUUUACUGAGCACAUGACCUUUAAUAGGAAAGUGUGGAGAACUCAGAUUAGGCUAGAGGGUUAGUGGGUAGAAGAUCAUCCGUAAUAGUAAGGAAGAGUGUUUUGUUGGUAUAUGUGCCUGAAGUUUCUUGUUCGUAGUGUUUCGGUUUAUAGUAUUAUCUUGUGGUUGUCUUGUUUCCUUUAUUAGCUAGCAGUAUGUUUAUAGUAUUUUCUUUUAUAUUUUUGGUUUGUUAUACUAUUAUUUGUCGUGAAUGGGUUCUAUCAAAAAUAACCUCUCUACUUCAUCUGAGAUAGUGGUAUGAACUGCGCAUACAUUAUCCUCUCCAAACCCAACUUGGUGGGAGUAUACUGAGAAUGUUGUUGUUGUUGUUGACUUAUCAUUUUUGAUAUAUUAAGAAAAAACAAACUAUUUUUUUCUAUUUUAUCCUUAAUAUUAUUGACUUAUUCUCCAAAUUUUUUUCAAGACGUACUCUAAAUAUUAAUUAAUAGGCAUCGUAUGGUAAAAUAAUUAUAUCAAUAAAUUUUCAUAGUAAAUGUGUCAUGUCAAAAAAAAGACAAGUAAAAACGAAUGGAUUGAGUAUUCUGAGCUGGUAAUAAAUUAGAAUAUUUUAAUUUAAAAUUUCCUUAAAAAUUAUUUUCCCUCAUUAUUAUCAUUUUUAGUGAUAAUUACAAUCAUUGGUUCCCAAAUAUCCACAUGUCAUGUUUAAUUAUGUUAGAUAAUCAUCGACCUCACCGAACUAAAACAAACACAAUCAUCACUUACUCUCUCUCUCUGUUCUCUCUCUCCUACUGUCACUCUCCGGCCGCCGUCCUCCGCCGUUGAUUCAGCAUUUUCCGGUGACUGUCCUCCUCUUUACAGGAUGAUGAUAGCUCUUUCAACAACCCCUUCUCUCCAUUUCACUUGUGGUGGAUCUAGUUUGAAGUCAGCAGAUAAAAGUGUCAAUGGCACCACCAAGUUGGCUUUCAGUCCAUGGCGUGGAGAAAAAUCACCCUCAUCUAGAAGAUCAUUGACCGUUCAAGCUGGAUAUAGUGAUGGUGGAAGGCCAAGCAGUUCCAGUAUCUUUGUUGGUGGCUUUCUUUUAGGAGGAGUAAUCGUUGGUGCGCUUGGUUGCAUCUUUGCACCAGAGAUUAGCAAGGCAUUAGCUGAAACAGAUAAGAAGGACCUCAUGAGAAAAUUGCCCAAGUUUAUAUAUGAUGAAGAAAAAGCAUUGGAGAAACAGCGCAAGAUUCUAUCAGAGAAGAUCGAUCAGCUGAAUGACGCUAUUGAUGACAUUUCCAACCAGUUGAGGUCCGGAGACGCAGAAAAUGGAGCUGCCGUGAACUUGGAUGGAGUUGAAAGUGUUAUAUAAAACCACUUCAAUUGUUUUCAUGUAAAGGGAUAAAUUUUCUGAAUACAUCCUAGUAAAUUCCAAGAGCAUUGUACCUGGACUAUCUUAGAACUACAUUACCAUAAAAAAUAUGAAGUGACAAUACAAGUUUAAUAUAACACAGGUAAUUAAGUGUUAUUCACAA